AUGUCUCUCGAAGCGCUUCCCCCAGAGCUGAAAAUGAAGAUUGCAUCGCACCUACAAUUACGCGACCUGAUCCUGCUGCGCAGCACAUCAAAGCGCUGGCAAACAGUCAUCAACAACAACCUCUCCUUCAUCCGCCGCGCCCGCCGCGAUCUCCUCCGCCUAUGGGACGACACGGUCCGGUCUCCCUACUUCCUCCCGACGCGCCGCCUCGUUUCAGUGAAUCAGUACGACUUCGACCGACGCCAGUACCUCGCGAAAAUAUCGUGCGGUCUGCCGCUGCCCGAGGAAUUCGAACUGUGGGUGCUCGAAUGGCCCGCCAAGGCUGUGAUCGGAUGGACGUGGCCGGGACUGGAGAUGGAGGUCGUCACCGACGGAUAUGGCGGCAAGGACUUGAUUCUUCCGGAGGACCAGUAUUGGAAGCUGUACGGCCACAAUUUACUCGCCGCACAGCCGACUCGGCCACGAAUUCCGCUCUACGUUUGGGACAAGGUCACGAGAGGAGCGGAUGGGAGCAGCGUCUGGAAGGGCGAUCGGGACGCAUGGCUUAACAUGAACGGAGGCCUGGAGCGGCUGCAGCGAAAGGUGGCGGAUCAUGAUGUCGGGGUGGCCAUACCCGUGUGGUCUACGGGUCCGACUUCUGUCCGCAGAGAAGAAGGCGGGCUCGAAGAACGCAGGAUCGAGUACGUCCUGGUCAUGUCUGGGCUUGGAGCAGCGUACAACUGUUCGGUUCAACCGUUCCGUAAACAACCCGACCCUAAUGCCUACGGGAUCUAUAAUGUUACCCAUCUUGAUCGAGAUGCGGUUGAGCGAGGGGUCUGGAAGGAUGGGCCAUGGAUUGAAGGAAUCAUGAGCGCUGCAUCUUGGAUUGCAUGGCUACGCCGUCAGUUGGAGGUCCUUGAGAGCGAGCACAAACGGUACGGGACCAUGCCCGUUAACGUCGGGGACGUAGGUCCAUUGUAA